AGACGAGACAUAAACAGAGGUUUCUACGAAAUGGAAGAACGUUCUGGAAGCGUUUCACUCUCAUUAAAAAAACUAAACCCUAAGACCCAACGUCUCGGUUCUUUCUUUCUGCCUAACCUGCCUCCUUAUCCACUCUCUACCAAAACAAAGAAAGAAGGUAACGCCUUUUUCUUGUUCAUCAAACUAAAAUGGCCUCUGCAAAUGCUCUUUCUUCAGCUUCUAUUCUUUGCUCUCCCAAACAGGGGAGUUUGAGGAGGGGAAAUCAGCAGCAGAAUCAAAAGAUGAACUGUAGGCAAGGAAAUAGGCGAUUUGCUGUGAGAGCUUGUGCAAAGGAAAUUGCUUUUGACCAGAACUCAAGGGCUGCAAUGCAGGCUGGCAUUGAUAAGCUUGCUGAUGCUGUUGGCCUUACUCUUGGUCCUAGGGGGAGGAAUGUUGUCUUGGAUGAAUUUGGAAGUCCAAAGGUUGUCAAUGAUGGAGUGACAAUAGCCAGAGCUAUUGAGCUUCCUAAUGCCAUGGAAAAUGCUGGUGCAGCUCUUAUCAGAGAGGUUGCGAGUAAAACUAAUGACUCUGCGGGUGAUGGGACAACUACGGCGUCUGUUCUUGCACGGGAAAUAAUCAAACUUGGACUUCUGAGUGUUACCUCUGGUGCAAACCCAGUCUCAGUAAAGAGGGGUAUUGAUAAAACUGUACAAGGGUUGGUAGAAGAGCUGGAAAAGAAAGCUAGGCCUGUUAAAGGUCGUGAUGAUAUCAAAGCUGUGGCCUCCAUUUCUGCUGGAAAUGAUGACCUUAUUGGAACAAUGAUUGCUGAUGCAAUUGAAAAAGUUGGGCCUGAUGGUGUUUUGUCCAUUGAAUCAUCAACCUCAUUUGAGACCACAGUUGAUGUUGAGGAAGGAAUGGAGAUUGACAGAGGCUACAUCUCGCCACAAUUUGUAACAAAUCUUGAGAAAUUAAUUUGUGAAUUUGAGAAUGCAAGAGUGUUAAUAACUGAUCAAAAGAUUUCAGCGAUAAAGGACAUAAUUCCCCUGUUGGAGAAGAUUACUCAAUUAAGAUCUCCUUUGCUUAUAAUUGCCGAGGAUGUCACUGGAGAGGCUCUGGCCGCUCUUGUGGUGAACAAGCUGCGGGGCAUCCUCAAUGUUGCGGCCAUUAAAGCUCCUGGUUUUGGUGAAAGGAGAAAAGCUCUCCUUCAAGAUAUUGCCAUUCUGACUGGUGCUGAGUUCCAAGCUAGUGAUUUGGGUUUGCUCGUUGAGAACACGUCAGUUGAGCAGCUUGGUAUAGCCAGAAAAGUGAUCAUUACCAAGGAUUCAACUCAACUAAUUGCUGAUGCUGCUUCAAAGGAUGAGAUACAAGAUAGGGUGGCACAACUAAAGAAAGAGCUAGCUGAGACAGAUUCUGUCUACGACUCAGAAAAAUUGGCAGAAAGGAUUGCGAAACUGUCUGGUGGUGUUGCUGUGAUUAAAGUGGGGGCUGCAACGGAGACUGAACUUGAGGAUCGCAAGCUAAAGAUUGAAGAUGCCAAGAAUGCUACAUUUGCUGCCAUAGAGGAAGGGAUUGUGCCUGGUGGUGGUGCUGCAUUAGUUCAUCUCUCAACUUGUGUUCCUGCAAUUAAGGAGAAGCUUGAAGAAGCAGAUGAGCGCUUAGGAGCUGAUAUUGUGCAGAAGGCUCUGGCUGCACCAGCCUCGUUGAUAGCUCAAAAUGCAGGAAUGGAAGGUGAGGUGGUGGUGGAGAAGCUGAAGAGUAGUGAAUGGGAGAUUGGUUACAAUGCUAUGACAGACAAGUAUGAGAACUUGCUGGAGGCUGGAGUUAUUGACCCAGCAAAGGUGACAAGAUGUGCACUGCAGAAUGCAUCUUCAGUUGCGGGAAUGGUCCUUACCACUCAGGCCAUUGUUGUUGAGAAGCCCAAGCCUAAGGCUCCAGCUGCUGCUCCUCCACAAGGUCUUACCAUUUAAUCACUAGGAUCUAUACGCUGGUCAGGUUUUUUAGAGAUGAAGAGCAAUAUUCCCGCGGUGAAUCACAAGAAAAUGCCUGAUGAUCUGAGGUUUUCCUUUCCAUGUUAGAAAUGUGCCUUUUUUUUUUUUUUGUAUGGAUCAAUAAAAAUUUACUUAGGGAUCCUGAACAAUGUUGAUAGACAUUUCAUAAUUUUUUUUUCUUGCCAGUAUGAAGUGUGUAAUACCAGUUCCAAUCUUCGGUUUGCACAAAUAUGUUCUAAUGAUUCAUACGAUACGAUACGAGGACAUACAUGCUCUACUCACCCACAAGUCGACUUGGGUUGCAUGCCUUCCAAAAACCUUACACUGUGAAAGCCGCAGGCCUAUGUCUAGUAGCAGUAUCUAAUGAUACAGAAUAGCCCAUGAAAAUAUUUGGGUUUUCAUGGAUUAUGGCUAGUCCCAACAAAGUUCUUGGAAGGAAGGAAAACAAGAAAUAAGUGGAUACCAUGUUUGUUUGCUGUCUUUCUUUGCUUUUCCCAGUCUAGCGGCAAGGCUUUUACCUCCUCCCUAUUCCUAGGCAUCAACACAACCCAGGUAACGGCUAGUCCAUGGAUCAUGAUCAAGAUGAUUACUUUUUUCAGUGAGCUGUGAUCCUCUUGCAUCUUAUCCUUCGAAGCAGCACCCAGUUUAAAUAAGUUGAUGUGUGGAACAAUUUAUUCAAAGUAACCAGUGGUUUUUUUUUUUUUUAAAUAUUUAUAUUUACUAGAUUGGUAAUGAAGGUUUAGUCUAACAUGAUUCUAUAAAUCAUUGUAAUCCAGCUUUUACUUUGUUUAAUGCGUCGAAUCCAUUAAUAAAUGAAGGUUUUACAUUAGA